AAGAUGAAGGAGUGGGUAUGGGGGGGAGGCCCCGGAUGUGGCGUGUCUCCUUCCCCUUCGUCGUCCCCGCCCCAAGAUGGCGGACCUGAACCAGCAGCUGCAGGCCUACCUGGCGCGGUCCAAGGCGGAGGCGCCGGCGGAGGGCCGGCCGGAGGGUCGGCCCGAGGCGAUCGCGGAGGCGCCGUGGGGCUGCGUGGGCCGCCUGAGGGGCGUCCCGUGUCCGGAGGGCCCGGGGCGCCGGGAGCGGCUGUGGGCGAGCGGCCUGUGCCUGUCGCUGGCCGCGCCGUGCUUCGGCCUGUCGCUGCUGUACUUGCCGGUGCUGGCCCUGCGGGCCCGCAAGUUCGCGCUGCUGUGGUCCCUGGGGUCGCUGCUGUGCGUGUGUGCCUGGGCGCUAUGGCGGGGCCCGGGGUGCCCGGGCCGGGCCUGGGCCCUGUACUUGUUUGGGGUGUCGGUGAGCCUGUACGGCGGCCUGGCGGUGCGCAGCGGGCCGCUGACGGGCCUCGGGGCCGCCGCCCAGCUGGCCGCCCUGGCCGCCGCCCUGCGCGCCGCCCUGCCGGCCUGGCCCGGGGCCCCCGCCCUGCGCUACGCCCUGGGGGGCCUGGCCCCGGCGCUCCCCGUCUGA